CUCGUCAGCACUAAAAGCAAUAUUUCGUUUGAUUACUACUUUCAGAUACGCUGCACUGCACACAUUCAUGACGUCUAUUGGAAAUCUACGGAAAAAUCUAUCGAGGAGGAGCGCCACAAGCACAACAUAAAUUCGGUUAAUUCUUUCUCAGAAGACUACUUUGAUUUGGAGGACGAACAUCUGGUUGAUCGUUCAGACACCUAUAUGACACAUAUAAAGGGUGCUGUCUCAUCCUUGAAUUCCAAUGGAGCUGCACAACAGCACAACUGUCACUGCCUGUCAUUGAUGAUGCGUUGGACAACACUGGUGCUGGCGGCUUGGUAUGCUCAGCAAUACCUCCAACAAUUAUGCCAGAAAUUGUUUGUUUGGCGAAAAACAAUGACGCCAACGGCAAUAAAAAUGCAAACAAAAGGAACGACAAUGGAAGGACAGCAAGAAAGGGCUAUAGUUGUUGCAGCCAAAGGCCAACGAGUAAGUGGACCAAGUGCUGAUGAGGCAACUUCAAAUGUGACAGUAAUGAGAGUAACAGCAGCAACAACAACAAUUGCAAAAAAUACUAUUUGCCACGAUUGGACAGUCGCCGCCGAACAAACAAAACAUCGGACGCGAAAUGAAACGACGAAUUCACAAUUAAUAGAGAGGAUAAAUAUGCAGCGACAACAACAGCAACAGCGGCAAUGGCAGCAGCUGCAGCAACGACCAAACAGAGUUAAGUGCGAAAAAAGACGAGCAACACAAAAACAAACACUUCCAGUGCAACUACAAAAGCACUUGGGGCGUAAGGCGGCAACACUGGCAACAAUACGACACACAAUUAAAGCGAAAGCAACAACAGCAACAGCAAAUGCGAAAAUGAAGCAAGUAAAUGCAUCGACGACAACAACAUGAUUUAAUUGCCGUUAGUUUACUGUGAAUUCAAAAAAUAAAAUAAAAUAAAAAUGAAAAUUAUACAAAAAAAAAAAAAAAAAUAUUGCAAAAAAGGCAAAGGCAUAGUGAAGCGGGAAAUGAGGCAAGGCCAGCAAAACUUCCGAAGAAAAAUCGUUGUACUCUCUUUGGCGUUACUAAUGGAUUACUCCGGCAUAGGUAUAUUUAAGUAUGUAGACCAGCUCCUAUUUAAUAAACGAACCUAAAACUAAAUUUGUCUGUUUUCAAUUCUCUUUGAAUCCCCGCAAAAGUUUUAGUCUCGUUUUAGUUAAAAACUCGUUAAACUCUCGGCAUUGUUUUUUUUUUGUUUGAGUUGUAUUUUAUGUUGUUUAUAAAUAGCAAUGUAAAGUUGUCAAAUUGUAACGAAUUUUUCUCACAGCUCUUUUCAUGGAGCACAUAUUUAUGUAAGGAACUCUUACAAAGCAACUAGAAAAUAAAUCAAUUCCACAGCAUUUUUUUGUGUAUAUACGUAAAUAUAAACGUAUGUACAUAUAUGUAUAUAAUCUACAAAACAUAUAUGUAUGAUAAAAUAAAAGCAAGAAAAAACAGAAUGCACAAAAUCCUAUCCACUAAAUAUAAUCAAUUACAUAUUUGUUUAUUUAUAUACAUACAUACAUACUUUUUAUAUAAACAUAUAUGUAUGUAUAUUAACCCAAUUUAACACUUAUAGAAAAAGUCCCACAUAAAAAAC